AUGGGUAUUUUUCGGUGGGGUUUCCGUGCCAACGUCAAGGUACAUUCCGGAAGUGAUUCCGUGGUUCUCAAGUCACGCAAUGACGACAACCAAACUUUGAAAGAUUUAAUUGCAACAAAGGUCUCGCUUGUAGACCCGAGUAAAAAACUCUGGCUUAAUCCACUUUUGUUUAAUGGAACACUUCAGACCCUUUACUACGCCUCGGCAAAGUCCGACGACAAGUUUUUGGUUUGGUACGGAAGAGAACUCUACCAUUUUGUACAGGGUGGAGUGUGCUCUUUUGACUGGGUAAUUCCACCUCAAGAUAAAGAAGAAUUCGACAAGUUAUACAAGGAGACACUUCCGGAGGGAUUCCCAAGGCUUCAUCCCCGUACCAGGUACUUCACAGAAACCGAAUUGGAGAAAGUUCGGGCGGUUGAGGUCGAGAACAAAAGACCAAUCUUGGCAGUUAUUCAUGGUUUGAAUGGUGGUUCCCACGAGCCAUUGAUUCGUGAUUUGGCCGUGUUAUUGACCACCAACGACCACCAGGACAAAUGGGACGUCGUGGUGCUCAAUUGCCGUGGGUGCUGUCGUACAAAGAUCACCACUGGUCAACUUUUCACCGCCUUGUCCACCGAAGAUGUCCACGAGACUCUCUCCGAAUUGCGCCGGCGGUACCCCAACAGACCAAUAUACGCCGCUGGAUUCUCUUUCGGAGCGGCAAUGCUAGCUAAUUAUUUGGGAGGACCUCAUGAGAACAAGGUGGAUCUCAAGGCCGUGAGUCUUGUGGGGUGUCCUUGGGACAUGGUCGCUGGAGUCAGUCACAUGGGACUGUCAUGGCUGGGAAGGUACCUCUUUGCUCCUGCUCUCACCACUUUCUUAUUCAAGUUGGUGAAGAGUAACUACGGAGAACUCCAGCGUCACAACCCAGAGUUUUUCACCGACGAAUUGUUGCACAAGUUACGCACAGAAGUCAAAGCUCCAGACCAGUUCGAUGAUGUGGUCACCAGUAAGUUUCUUGGGUACCGGAACGCUUUGGAGUACUACAAGGAAGCUUCGCCAGUUCACAGAAUCAGCGGUAUCUCUGUUCCUACUCUAGUGGUAAAUUCGACAGACGACCCCGUUACCACCUGUGAUCUCCCAGUGGACAAGUUCAAGGCCAACAAGCACACUAUAUUGGUAGAGACCGAUUUGGGUGGACAUUUGGGUUAUGUUACGAGCGAUAAGCAAUUUUGGUGCAGCAAAGUGGCCGAGCAAUUUUUCACCGAAUUUGAAAAAUCGGUGGCAUAG